AUGAUAGCGCUUCGCUCGUACUUACGGCAGUGGCAGCGUGCGCCCACAGGGCUACGCGGGUUCUGCACGGCUGAUGAGGAUAAAUAUCUGGAACUCAAGCAGCUAAAAGACAUCAAAAGUGAAGAAUUUUACGACCGGCAAGCCCAUGAGCGACGCUACUUUUAUUACAUCGAUUUGCAGGGCCGUCUGUUCCUAGAAGACACGCGUCCAAAGAACAUCGCGACGUCACUUAAAAGUACCAAGUUCCUGCGCUUUUUCUUUUCCCAGGUUCGUCCGAAUGGCAUUGUGCAGUGUAAGAUUAAAGAAGAGGAGGAAUUCUUGGAAUACCCUUUUCGUUCUCCAUGCGGCAAGGAGAUGAACUUCAUUAAGUGCGCUGAUCGUGCAUUCGUGCACGAGGACCUGCCUUAUGAUGCCCUUCUUACCGGAACGCUGCGGAUCUCGCUCUCAACGGGGAGACUCUAUCACGACGUGCAGACCAAGCACAUUGCAUCGGGUACACCAGAGGGUGUCGCACUCGUGCGCUCUCAACUCGCAGUGGAGCUUGGCAAGCACAUCGAUGUCCACAACCUACCCGACGACAUCGACGCAGAGCAGGACGUUAGAUCCCUGGUGGUUGGCGACUUUAAGUGGGAGGACCAACACUAUGCUAUUCACGCCAUCGAAUAAGGUGCAUUUAAACAGCUUCAACUGCAAUUGGACCUAUUACGAAUCGUUUUGGG